GCUGUGUAAAGCUCGCCUAACAAAGCAGUUUUCGUCUAAAGGAACCAUAACCUGUAAUGACUUCGGACUCGCGCAGUGUCGUAAGUUACUACUCGUUAUUCUUGACAGAUUUGUUAUGGCAGAUUCUAUUUAAUGUCGUAAUUUUUUCCAAUUUUCCUUAUUGUAAAUGAAUGCAACAGAUGCUUCGCGAGGUUUUAGGCGACGUAUAAUGAUGCGUUAUUUAGUUUUUUUAAUUUAACUCAUUGAACGGGUGACGUGCGAGGAUUUUAAAGAUCGAGCUAUUUUUAGUUUUGUUGUGUAGGUAUGAAUUUGCUAAACAGGUCAUGAUAACAAAGAAUUCGUAGAAAUUUCCAAUAAAAUGAAUUCGAGGCCCAAGUCCGUGUUCUGGGCCCUCUAUGACCGGCCUUGCCAAAUAAAAUCAAACACCAGCCUUUUGUACAAUAUAACUAAAGACGAUGAAAGCUUUGUGCAGCGUUUGGGCCUUCUAAAACGGCUCCCGAUACAUCAGGGCUGUGUCAAUACAAUCUGCUGGAAUGAUUCUGGUGAAUAUUUGUUAUCUGGGUCCGAUGAUCAAAAUUUGGUUAUAACUAAUGGACAUACUUAUGAAGUGAAGACCAAAUACACAACUAGUCAUCAUGCAAAUAUAUUUAGUGCUAAAUUUUUGCCUUGUUCAGGGGAUAAGAGGAUUAUUUCAUGUUCAGGGGAUGGGUGUAUUUUGCACACAGAUUUGGAUAGACCGAAAGAUAGUUACCACGACCAAUUAACUUGUCAUGGUGGAACAACAACCUACGAAGUGGUAACCAUCCCGAAUGAUCCAAACACGUUUUUUAGUUGUGGGGAAGAUGGGACUGUCCGUUGGUUUGAUUUAAGAACAAAAACAAGUUGUCGCAAACAAAACUGCCAGGAAGACAUUUUGAUCAAAAUACCGCCAGCCGUCACAUCUUUGGCCAUAAGUCCCACAGCUUCGCAUCAAUUAGCCUUAGGAUGUGCAGACUCCACUGUUCGGUUGUACGAUAGGAGGUUUUUAACUCACGGAGGAGAUUCAUUGGCGUUGCCUUUUUGUAAUUUUGUCGCUCCCCAUUUCGACCGUUACUAUAGAAUUACUUCAUUGAGUUACAGUUUGGAUGGACAAGACAUGUUAGUCAGUUAUUCUUCGGAUUACCUUUAUUUAUUUAAUGUACAAGAAAGUCACACUACGGAACUAAAAAAACCGGUAAAAAAAGUGUCCAAAUGGAGCAAAGUCAGGGAGGCUAGCGGUCAUAGAGCGAGAUUUUCACCGCCACCUGUUAGGCGGCUCAGGUUGAGAGGCGAUUGGUCGGACACCGGCCCUGACGCGCGACCUGAACGCGACGCACCUACCACAACAGGUAUGGGUCAGGCAAGACCCCAGUUGCAGGCGACUUUAAUGCAGCGAAUGACGGACGUUUUGUCUAGAAUGUUGAAUGAUCCUAGAACGAGGGCGGCCCUGAGUGCCGGAGGUGAGGAUUCUGUCGACCACGAAAAUCGCGAAGCGCCGGAAAUGAUCGAUCAAAACCAGAAUCAAAAUAGAGACGAUAACGAUGUCGAUAUGGAAGGGCAAGAUCUAAACGAAAGUUCAAAUCAAGUUUUCUCCGACUCCGAAAUGUCUCCUUCCUCCUCGAACGUGCAUCUGCCACGCUCGAAUUCCGGUUCAAAUUUGCACACGCACCUCUCCACGUUGCGCCAUCUGCGCGAAGGUUUUAUUGAACAGCACGGCUCCGAACCUUCGGUUAGUUUUCGCUACUCGCAGCAGAGCACUUCGAAUUCCACCAUCAGUUUAAGAGCAGGCGGGGAAAUUAACGGGAAUUACGACGAUGGAGGGGAGGCUACUACCUCCGGUGAGGGGCAAAUGCCGCUGGAAAGUCAGGAUGUUGACUUACAGGAGUUUGAGGAUGAUAUAAAUGCGGUUUCGGAAAGAAAUAAGACUGAUGAUAAGAGAGCAACUUUUGAGGCGGAAAUGAAACAGAAGUAUUUGGGACACAGAAAUGCAAGAACCAUGAUCAAAGAGGCUACGUUCUGGGGCAACGACUACGUGAUGUCGGGGUCGGACUGCGGCCACGUGUUCAUCUGGAACCGGCACACGGCCGAACUGAAGAUGCUCCUCCAAGCCGACCAGCACGUCGUCAAUUGCUUGCAGCCGCAUCCGACGUUGCCGUUGCUGGCCACCAGCGGCAUCGACAAUGACGUGAAGUUGUGGGCGCCCGUGCUGGACGAGAACAAUUUCGACAAGGAGGCCGCCGAAGUGUUGAUAAAUCGCAACGCCAUAAUGCUGGAAGAGACCAGGGACACCAUAACAGUGCCGGCCGCUUUUAUGAUUCGCAUGUUGGCAUGCCUGAACCAGAUUCGCAGGGGCGUGCGAGGGGGCAGGUCCUCCUCCCGCUUCCAGGGACAAAACGACUGACUCAACCAAUCAGCUAACUAAACUAACGAACAUUUAUUUAUUAUUAUCAUUACCUACCUACAUAAUAUUAUAUAUUUUAUUGUUUCCUUCUUUCCUAGUAAAUCAAUUAUUUUACAGUCAUUUGAUUGCAUAAAUUAUCGUUUAUUAUUGAUAUGUGAACAUUAGGG